CGUGAAUCCGUUCCCGUUCACACUGAAGAUGGCGGCAGCAGGAGCCGGGUCUCCGGGCCGUCUGGUCCAGUACGUGGUGGUCCGCUCGGAUCUGGUCCACCAGCUGUCGUGGCCGCUGGGAGCCGUCAUCACUCAGGCCUGCCACGCUGCUACCGCCGCCGUCCACCUUCACUACGGAGACCCGGACACCCAGCGGUACCUGGAGGAGCUGGACAGCAUGCACAAAGUGGUGCUGGGGGCUCCAGAUGAAGCUGCUCUCUCCAGCCUAUCAGAGAGUCUGACGCAGGCCGGUGUCUCCCACAAACUAUGGAUCGAACAACCAGAGAACAUCCCCACAUGCCUGGCUCUUAAACCAUACCCAAAAGAGACUGUCCAGCCUCUGAUGCGGAAGUUUAAACUCUUCAAAUGACUGAUGUUGCUGCUGCUUCGCAAGGAUGUUGGAGUUUACUUUUUUUUUUUAAUCAUCUAAUUCCUUUGACAACCUGAUUUGAUGGAAGUGCAGCAACUGUCUGUCUAUGAAGGAAAGUACACGAUUAAAACCAGAAAAUAUGUUUGUUUAUUUGUUCAGGGGUUAAACAAAAUGCAGAAGAGUAAAUAAGCUGAACUAACAUGCAUAUGUGACGUAAAAGUAAAUUGUGCUCUGGGUGGCACCAACCACCAACUGAUCUGCAACUAUAGCAACAAAAGGCUCCAAUCUGAGUUCUAUGCUCGUCUUGUUUGUAUAAAUAAACAACUCUUGUUUAA